UAUAAUGAUUUUAUAUUAAUUAAUAUUCUCAAAAAAUAAAACGAGUCAUUAUGAAGAAGGAUUGAGAGAAAAAUUUAGGUGGCGCUGGUAAAAGUAGGAGUUUCUCAGUCAAUUGGAAAUUGGAUAAAAUGUUGGUUCUUGUUUUGGGAGAUCUUCAUAUUCCACACAGAUGCCACAGUUUACCUAUUAAGUUUAAAAAGUUAUUAGUUCCUGGACGGAUUCAACAUAUAUUAUGUACAGGAAAUUUGUGUACUAAGGAAUCACUUGAUUAUUUGAAGACACUUGCAAGUGAUGUUCAUGUUGUGAGGGGCGAUUUUGAUGAGAAUUUAAAUUAUCCAGAACAAAAGGUUGUCACAGUUGGUCAGUUUCGAAUAGGAUUAUGUCAUGGACAUCAGAUUGUGCCUUGGGGAGAUGCAGAUAGUUUGGCUUUAGUUCAGAGGCAACUUGAUGUAGAUAUUCUCAUAUCUGGACACACACACAAAUUUGAAGCAUAUGAACAUGAGAAUAAAUUUUAUAUUAAUCCUGGAUCUGCUACUGGAGCAUAUAGCCCAUUAGAAAGCAAUAUCAUUCCAUCUUUUGUUCUUAUGGAUAUUCAGUCUUCUACAGUUGUCACAUAUGUGUAUCAGCUGAUUGUAGAUGAAGUCAAAGUUGAAAGAAUAGAAUACAAAAAAUCAUAAUAUCAUUCUGAGUUUACAUCCCAAUAUUUUUAUGUAUUAUUGUGGUUAUAUUUAUCUGUAUAUUGUAAUUUUUCAACAUUUUCAGUUGUGAAAUCAAGAAAUGGAAACAAUACAAAUUAUCAUUGCAUUUAUAUUCGUUAUUUAGUCAAGAAAUAAUGUAUAAAAUUUGAAUUAAAAAAUUUUCUCUUACUUA